AAAGCCUAUGAGUUAUUUAAGCUCUUCUAUUUCUAUUUAUUUCCCCGGAUAAAUCAGAAAGUAGGGAGAAAAAAAGGAAGAAAGAUAAAGACACAUUGAAAUUAACUCUGCGUAGAUCUUGUACCUUAAAAUCGUGAAUAAUGGGAGACGAAGCAACCCAAGAACGCGAAAGGUCCUUAGCAGCUCCUCUCAUUUUUAUCAUCGUUGCUGCUUUUCAAUUUGCAUACUAUCGCCUCGAUCACGUUAUUAAGAAGAGUGGAUCCGAUAGUGAAAAAGAAAUUCAGUUGCGCGCAGAAAUAAAACAACUUUUGAAGGAGGCAAGUUUAAUGUCGCAGCCAUCAACCUUUGCACAAGCAGCAAAACUCAAAAGGCUUGCAGCUGCUAAGGAGAAAGAACUUUCAAAGUACCAAAAUUCAUCUCACAAAGAUAAAGCUUCGUUUACAAAAGUGCUGCUCAUCUUAAAGUAUAUAACAUAUGGAGUGCUGCUUAUCUGGUUUUGGCGUGUUCCCGUGGCUACCAUACCUGAGCAACUUGUUCAACCAUUUGGGAGCUUGUUAUCUUGGAAGACCGUAGGAGUUCAAAAUAACAGUGUAACGAUUGGGAUAAUAUCUUGGUUAGUAGUAUCUGCUAGGGUUUGCAGAUUUGUCCGUCGAGCUUAUAGCAAAUAAAUAAAUAAUAAUUAAUUUUAUUGUGAAAAAAAAAUACUAGCUGCUUCAAAUCCUGGUUUUGAAGUAGAAUGAACAAGUUUGUGCUCAAUAGACAUAUUACAAUUGUAUGAAAUUUGUUCUUAUUUUCUUCACAAUCUAGUUGAUCAUUGAUUA